UGAUAAGAGAGAAGCCUGCGGGUAGAAGAUAACAUGUUAGUGAGCAGAAUCUCUAGCAGUAAAGACUAUACACUCAGUUAGCUUCUAUGGUUGCAAAGGGAGAGACAGAGCAAGAGAAGAAAACAGAGGAAAGUCAUAGGGUCUGACCUCUGCCAAUGUUGUUUCCCAAAUUACAUGCCAGGAGUUCGCCCAACAGUCAUCCGCUUCCAAUGACUGGAAAAGAUCUCUAGCCUGCCAAAAUGAUUCCUGUUGCCGAGUUCAAGCAAUUCACGGAGCAGCAGCCGGCCUUUAAAGUCCUCAAGCCCUGGUGGGAUGUCCUGGCUGAAUAUAUCACCUAUGCCAUGCUCAUGAUUGGGGUCUUUGGAUGCACCUUGCAGGUUACUCAAGACAAGAUAAUUUGCCUCCCCAACCACACCUCUGCCGAUGUUGUUUCCCAAAUUACAUGCCAGGAGUUCACCCAACAGUCUUCAGCUUCCAAUGAUAGCGACCUUGAAACAACUGUUCCACCCCCGACUGCUACUUCCAGUCCCCCCCGGGAGAUGAGUGGUCUACGCAACAACUUAGACCUCCAACAAUACAGCUUCAUCAAUCAGAUGUGUUAUGAGACGGCCUUGCACUGGUAUGCAAAAUAUUUUCCAUAUUUAGUGGUCAUUCACACCUUGAUCUUUAUCAUCUGUGGAAACUUCUGGUUCAAGUUCCCGGGCACCAGCUCCAAAAUAGAGCAUUUCAUUUCCAUACUCGGCAAGUGCUUUGACUCCCCUUGGACUACACGAGCCCUGUCGGAAGUCUCAGGAGAGUCUAGUCAGGAGAAACCCAAUCAGGAGAGGAGCAUCGAUCGAGAACUCUCCAAGCCAAACUUUGAGGAGGGAAGCCCUGCUACCGCUGACCUACCCAUUCCAGAGAAACUGGUGGCUGAGACUUCUUCAGCUAGUGCAUUGGACAAGAAGGAGGGGGAACAAGCCAAAGCCCUGUUUGAGAAAGUUAAGAAAUUUCGUCAUCAUGUGGAAGAGGGUGACUUACUCUACUCAAUGUAUAUGCGUCAGACUGUGCUAAAAGUGUGUAAAUUUGUGCUGAUCACAAUCUACAAUGCAGUCUUGGUGGGAAAGAUUCACUUCAUUGUGCCCUGCAGUGUUCAUACAGAGGACAUGACUGGCUACAAUAGUUUCUGCUGUAACCACACUAAGGCCCAUCUCUUUUCCAAAUUAGCAAUAAGCUACUUGUGUUUUUUGGGUGUCUAUGGCCUCACUUGCUUCUACACUCUGUACUGGCUCUUCAGACGUCCUCUAAAGGAGUAUUCCUUCCGGUCAGUGAGAGAAGAGACUGGAAUAGGGGAUAUUCCCGAUGUGAAGAAUGACUUUGCCUUUGUGCUACAUCUGGUUGAUCAGUAUGAUUCUCUCUACUCCAAGAGGUUUGCCGUCUUCCUCUCAGAGGUGAGUGAAAGCAGGCUGAGGCAACUGAAUCUUAACCAUGAGUGGCCAGCAGACAAACUGAGACAAAAACUCCAGCAUACACCCGAAGGUCGACUGGAGCUGCACCUCUUCAAACUCCCAGGCUUGCCAGAUACAGUGUUUGAGGUUGCAGAGAUGGAGUCACUUAAGUUGGAGAUGGUUAAUGAGGCUCUCAUUCCACCCUUGGUAUCUAAGCUGGUGAGGCUGGAGGAGCUGUCCCUUUUAAAUUGCACAGCCAAAGUGCAGCAUGCCUCCAUGGCUUAUCUUCGGGACCACCUUCGGAUACUGCAGGUAAAGUUUGACGACAUUAAGGAGAUACCUUUGUGGAUUUUCGGUCUUCGGGCUUUGGAGGAGCUCCAUCUGUUUGGCUGGCUGUCACAGGACUUGUCUAAGAACCCAGCUUUGGAAAGUCUGAGGGAAUUGAAGAGUCUAAAGGUGCUGACAAUAAAGAGCAACCUCUCUAAAAUACCAGCUACUGUUGCAGAUGUGGCCGGCCACUUGCAAAAAUUUAGCAUUCACAACGACGGAACUAAACUCCUGACCCUUAAUGCUCUGAAGAGGCUUGUUCUCGUCAAAGAACUUGAACUUGUUCGCUGUGAACUGGAACGUAUUCCCCAUGCAGUUUUUAGCCUCACUAACUUACAGGUGUUGGACUUAAAGGAAAACACUCUACACACGAUAGAGGAGAUCAUUAGCUUACAACACUGCCGAAAGCUUAGCGUUCUUCGAUUGUGGCACAACCAGAUUGCCUACAUCCCCGAUCAUAUCCGUAAACUGAAGGGUCUUGAAGAACUGUCCUUGAAUCGCAACAAAAUUCUGGUUAUUCCCUCCCAGUUAUUCCUCUGUAACAAGCUCAGGCAUCUUGACCUGUCAUUCAAUGAAAUCCGGGAACUUCCUCCAGAGAUCGGGGUGUUGCAACUACUCCAAUACCUUGGUUUAAGUGGAAACUUUUUGGAGGAUCUCCCGACUGAGUUGUUUUUCUGUCAAAAGCUAAAAACUCUGAAACUGGGGCAAAACAGACUGGCAAGUCUGUCUCCCAAGGUGGGGUCUCUAGUUUGCCUAGUAAAACUAGAACUAAAAGGAAACCGAAUGGAUAUGUUACCUCCUGAGAUAGGGAACUGUUUGAGCCUAAAGAGAUCGGGCUUGAAUGUUGAAUCGUUACUGUUUGACACAUUGCCAGUAGAUGUGAGGGACAAAUUUAAAGAGGACUGAAAUGGGUGAGUGGUGAAAGGCCGGGCAGAAAUAUGGAGGUUCUCCAGGAUCAAUAAGAGGGAAGGGUGUAUAAGCUGAUAAGUAAGCAGAGGUAGUCAGUUCCCUGAGAUAUUACAGAAGGGUGUAAGAGAAUAGAGGAAGAAGUAAUUAUGUCUUCCUUUCCUUCUAAAUCUUACAUUUAUGGACACCAACCUAAUAGGUAGUGCAUAAUGUAUUUCUUCUUCAGUGACACCACGGGACAUAUUUAAUAAAGAUUUGUCAUGGAUUUGAUGGUGUACACCACAGUGUCCUGUGUAAAAAUCACAGUUUUAUAGAGCUACUUAAUUAUGUGUGUAGACGAGUGUAUUAAUGAUGUCGGAAAAUGUUACGCCAUUGCGGUGUGAAUUUAUUCCAUGGCUUUAAGGGGCCGCAAGAGUGGUGCAAGUUAUUGGAAUAAAUUGGCUUAACAAAUAAAAUACGCCAAAGCACAGCAUUAAUAUGUAAGGUCGAUGAUGGAGCUCUAUAAAUAUGCCAUAUAUUGUGCACAAACCUAUCGGGGUCAACCAUGUUCUACAACUUGCUCCUGUGGUUGAUCAGAGACCUGUGGGAACUCCCUAUAAAGAGGAAUGAUUAUAUUGUAGAAUUUUUUAAUACCUUCCCAAUAUAUGAAGUAGUAUACAUCUAGGAUGGACAUGAACUAGUGGGAGACUGAUGCCUCUAGUAAUGGUACCAGCAAUAGCUGCAAUAGUCUCCUAAAGAUGUCUGCCCACUACAGGAAAACCUGCCCGCCCCGGAGGACAAAUCCUUGAUGUACAUUUUGUUUUUAUUUAAUGUAACAAUAAACAUUUCAGUUAAA